AUGACCCUUCCCAUUGAACCCAGCCCAAACGAUGUUACUAUGGGGCGGCCUACCGACUUAGGGCCAGCCCAACGAGCCUAUGUCGACGGAAUCCAAAGCGAGUACAACUACGUUCGUCGGAAUAAGCCUCAACGGGCGAUGACCCGCUUCCUGAACCAUGAGACUGUCAAGUACUUCGCCACAUUCGGGUGGACAGAGCCGAUGAAAUGCGUCCCGAUGACCGCCUCGGAGCCCACCGAGGUUACGAUUGAAAUGCGCGGCAGUGAGGCCGAAGCGGCGAGGGAUGCUGUGAAGAAGGGUUCUGCGAGCGCAGAACAGGUACGCAGGGACAAGCUGGUGAAAGACGUCUGCAAGCACAUAGUGGCUCGCUUUCAGGCGAACUUUAACAAGUCCAACUCAAAGGACAAAGCUACCCAGGACGCGUCCUCGAAGACCGAGAUUCUCAAUCUUAUACGCGCGGUGUACUCGGCGAAACCCAGCCUCUGCCACACAUAUAAAGUAUGGGCGGGCUUGAAGCCGCGCCCUGAGCUCGAGGCUGAAGUCGAUCGACUACUCCCAGAAGUCAGGCGUGAGAGGGAUGACCCCAGUUAUGGCCGCAUCGGUGUGUGGAACACCGUCGCUGCAGAAAUGUACAAAAGCGCGGACGCGGAGGAGAGGCAUGAAGCGGAGGUGGAAGCCAAGCGUAUCUUCGACGCAAAGGUUGCCGCUUGGGAGGACAGUCUUGCGGCGCCUGGGUCCAUGGAUGAUGCGGUUAGGUUCAUGCAGGAGUGUCAAAGCUUCCUCAGCGAUCUCAUGGGCUUCUUCGCUGAAAGCGCUGAGGGCACAUGUGAGGUCGCAGGGAGGCCUAGACUUCUUUACUCUGAUAUCAAGGAAGAGAAGGAGUUACUAGAAGGGAUUGCCACUCGCAUAUACGACCAGGCCUGUUUAAUAUCUGAAGCGAAGUGGGGUGUGUGCCUCUCUGAUAGAUCGCCGGACAAAUCGCAAGAUACGCGCGACGAUUGUGACGCCGUGGUAGCCGUCGGCCACACCUCGGACGAGAAGGAUGAUGGAUUACUUGUAGCCGGAUGCGACGACAAGCGAGAUCGCGACGAGGAUUCGAACACGGACACUGUCCAUACCCCCCCCUUCGAGGUCACUGAGUCGGCGUCCACCGAUGAGUUUGCUCUAGACUUCGGCGAUGACGGAUGCAGCGCAGUCCCAGGGUCCGAGGAGGUUGUGCCUUUUCCUGUCGCCAAGGCAUUGUCUCACGACAUGGCGCCGGAAAAGUCGCACGUGGGAGAACGCCGCGGCUCUGCCUCUUCUCGCAACGGUUCUCCAUCGACUUCGCGCAGUGAGAAUGGAAAGGUGCGAGGAGUCGUGGAACAAGACCGCGAUUAUGGCUUGGGUAUAAAGGACGUGGAGAACGUUCUCUUGGACUUCGCAUCUCCGUUCCAGGGCUGGGACCCACGCGCGUGCUUCGGUGUGACCUUGAAGAAUGAAACUCUGCACGAGAAGGCGCGCGCCCUCAUCAAAAAGGUCAUCGACUCUGGGCACGGCGAUCCCGGACUCUUCGGAAAGAUGGCUCGUUUAGCGGCCUGGCCUAAGUUUCUAUUGGAUGUCGCCGCCCGGUGCGAGGGUUGGAACAUGACGAUGGGCACACGCACGAUUCUGCACGAGUUGCUCGAGGCGUAUCUUGAGUUCGAAUCUACGAAUCCCCCCAUUGCUGCGAAUCCUUGUGAGGGUUGGGUCUCAUUUGCAUCUCGGGGAGGGCCGUCUGCCGUGCGGCCACAGUAUCUUCGAAAGUCGAUCAAAGGGCCCCAUUACGCGGCAACUUGGACAAAACUCGCUGCCCGCGACGGAAAGGAGAGCGUAGGCGAAGCAGAUUGGGAUAUCGGGGUGGCAAUCUGCGGGCAAUGGCUUCGUCAACAGCCAGAUGCGCGUGUUGCAAACAGAAGCAUCUGCAUGGCACCAGGAUCGCACAUGGACUGGAGCGGCCGUAUGAAUGGUGGCCGGAAGGGCGUGCGCCUAUUAAUGAUCGCUCUGCUGAACUGGAUAGAUCUACAGAGCUCUGUGAAGGAUGGAUCGUCACGCGAGGACUGGGAUCGUGUGGCAGCGGAUGUCACGCUCGUACUCCGGAUACGCGCCAAGCAGGUUUGCUCCAAGAACCCGUCUUCCGAAACAGAGUCGCCAACGGACGCCCCUGUGGCGCCGGCAGUCCUCCAAAGACCCGCAGAAAACGCGCCGGAAAAGUCGCUCCCGAAGAAUAGCAUCCGAUGCGGGGAGUACGUCUUCAGGGCAAACAUAACGCAUUAUGGCAUAACUUCUUCAGAAUAUAACGGCGGUAUAAUCAAGGAAUCGGAGUUCGGCUGCACUGGGAGGAUGGACGCCAAGUUGGUCGCGGCGCGCGACCCAGUCUGGCUGGCGGCCCUUUGGCCUGGGGAGGUUCUUGUAGGCCCCGAACUUGGCGUAAAUGGGGCUGAAUAG